AUGGGGCAGACGCUGUCGGCCACCUUCCGCAUGGACGCAUCAAAAGGCCACCUGGACAUCCAGGUGAUUCCUAGUGGGACAAGCUGCCCACCACCCGCCAUCCCAUACAUCUUCAAGUUCGAAGACGGCUGUUUGCAUCUCUGCGGGCCGGGUACCUCAAGCUUGAGGCGCCCGCAGAGCUUCGAUGGCCCCGGCCUCUGCAUCAUGGAGCGGACGCAGAAGUUCGUGGAGCAGCCAAUGCAGCGCCCAGCGCGUUCCUUUGCUCCCGAGCUGGAGCCUGACCCGGAGUUUAGCCGCAACACCACCGACGAGACGAGGUCGCAGGCCUCCCUGCGUACUGCACGCCUGAAGGAGGACCUCAGCCAACUGAGCCAGGGCAAGAUCCAGAAGACAUCCAGCCAGAAGAUGUUCGGCUGGAUUGAAGAGCAGCCAGCCGUGGCUGCCUCUGCCCUGGUCGCCGUGACUAGUGCUGUCAUCGCGCUUCGCAAGUCGCUCUGA